CCUUGUCGCGCGCGCCGAUGGCGUAUCGGGGCCUCGUCGACGUCCGGGCGGCUCACCGUCCGACGGCCCGCCGCUCCCUCGCGGCGCAGCACGGGAGGCUGGCGGUGUUGCUCUGGCACUGCUACCACACCUCCGCGGCGCGCGCUCUCGCCGCGGGGCGUUCAAUGCGCAGCGAUGCGCGGUCGGGGCGAUAGCGAUCCCCGCGCAGCGAUGCGCUUCGGGCAGCUGCCCCGGGCCUGUUCAAUGGGCAGCCGAAUUGCUCCAAGCAGAGCGCCUCGCACUGUUGAAUUCAGCUUGCUGAGCUGCGCCUAGAGCGGCGCAGUCAACCGCAGCGUUCGCCAAACGGCCGGUAGCGGUGCAGAAAGGGUGAGGAGGGCAGCCCUUCGCGCCCGCCGGCGCAAGCAUGCGCCACCACUACCUGAUGGUGCUGGCGGCAGCCCACGCCGCCAAGGCGCCGCCCCAGAAGCCCGUCGCCGUCUGCGUCACGGGCCUCGCGCGCGCCUUCCACGCUAUCGAUAGGGUGCACCGCAACAUCUGGUCGCAUAUGAUCUGGCCGAUUGUUUCCGAGGCGGACGUCUUCUUUGUUCUCGAUGAUGCGACGGCGGGGCGCGCGGGCGUGCGAGCUGGCCAGGCGAGCGACACUCAUAUAAAGGAGGAGGCUCGAACGCUGUGGCGGCCGGUCUACGACGUGGCGCUGCGUUCGCGCGGCAUCGAGGAGUCGCUCUCCGUGUGCCACGGGGCCAUCGUGGCGCGGGAGCGGUUUUUAAGGAGGAACUACACCUGGGUGUUGCGCCUCCGACCGGACGCGACGUACCGGACGCAUUUACCACCGUAUGGCGAGUGGCCCCUUGCAAAAAACGUGGCCUGGGCGCCGGCCAUCGGCGGGGGUGAGGGCGCCUGCUCCCGCGGCGUCGUCCGAGACGCGGAGACGCGGGGCGUCUGCGUCGACGACGGCUGGGCGCUCAUGGGUCGUAAAGCCGCCGACGCGUAUUUUUUCGGAAGCGAGUGGCCCGCGCGGCAUUCACAAACAACGGACUGCCACCAGACGCACUGCGCCGAGUGCCGCCUGGGGUGUGCCUUGUUCCGCGCCGGCGUGCGCGCCGGGUCCGUGAACAUCGAUCUACAUUUGGAACGGCCCGAAUCUGUUGGAGGGAGCUACGCGGCGGUGGCGAAGCGCGACGCCGUCGACGUUGCCGCGGAUCCAGCGAUUAAAGCCGCGCUGAACGGCGCCGGCGCCGCGGAUUUAGUGAAGCGCUUCGCGUCCGCGCGCCUCGAAGGCCACGCGCUCGCCUUCCUCGUCGGGGAGGUCUGCCGCGGCGCCUACGUCCAGGUGCCCUUCGCGGCCAGUGCAUCAAUGGGCGCGGCGCCGGCGAUCCACGGCUUCGCCGCGCCGCUCUGGACGGCGGCGUCGGGGUGCCCCGGGCCGCCGUCCUCCUGA